CCGUGUGCCGUGGCACUACAUUUAACUAAUUAACCCAACUUUGUCUUUUGCUUUUUUUUCUUUUCACUCUUCCUUUCCCCUUUUUAUAUUAGACUUUAGUGUCAUCAUUUUCUGUGCCACAUAUCAUAUUCAGUAUUACAGCCACCAGCAAGUAAAUCUGACUAGUCCACAGUUAGUGGAAACCAUAUCAUACCUAAGAUCCCUUGUUCACACAAUAAUAGGAUCUCUGCUUCUAUAUAAACGAGUUUGGCGUUCAGAAUAUUGGAGCAACUAGAUAGUCACAGAUCACGUUGAGGAGCCUUUUACCACUGAGAAAUUUGUAGUUAGAGAGACCCUAUAAUAAAUAUUAUUAUUAUUAUUAUGAUAAUGGAGCAGGGUGGUGGUAAAGAAGACCAGAAGAGGAUGCUCAACAAGUAUGCCCUUGCUUGUGCUGUAGUUGCUUCGAUGGUAUCCAUCAUAUCCGGUUACGACACUGGUGUGAUGAGUGGAGCAUUGAUAUUCAUCAAGGAGGAUAUUGGAAUCAACGACACCCAACAAGAAAUUCUAGCAGGAAUCUUGAACCUAUGCGCAUUGGUGGGAUCCUUAGCCGCUGGAAGAACCUCGGAUUACAUUGGUCGACGCUACACAAUUUUGUUGGCCUCAAUUCUCUUCAUGGUUGGUUCAAUUCUCAUGGGGUACGGUCCAAACUACGCAAUCUUAAUGCUGGGAAGGUGCGUGGGUGGUGUCGGUGUGGGCUUUGCACUGAUGAUAGCACCAGUUUACACAGCAGAGAUUUCCUCUGCAUCAUCGAGGGGUUUUAUAACCUCUUUACCAGAGCUUUGUAUUGGCAUUGGGAUCUUACUUGGUUACAUAUCAAACUACUUGUUGGGGAAAAUGAGUUUGAAGCUUGGAUGGAGAUUGAUGCUGGGUGUUGCUGCACUUCCUUCACUUGCUUUAGCUUUGGGCAUUCUGGCCAUGCCAGAGUCUCCAAGGUGGUUGGCGAUGCAAGGUCGUUUGGAAGAUGCCAAGAAGGUGCUACUGCGAGUUUCCAACACAGCACAAGAGGGUGAACUUCGUUUCGCGGAAAUCAAAGGUGUUGUUGGCGUUGGGCUUGAUGAGAAGACGAAGCUCUCACAGCGUGGUGAAGGGGUUUGGAAAGAGUUGCUGGUGAGUCCCACACCGGAGGUUCGUUGGGCGCUGAUUGCAGCCGUUGGGAUUCACUUCUUCGAGCACGCAACUGGCAUUGAGGCUGUGAUGUUGUAUAGCCCCAGAAUCUUCAAGAAAGCUGGUGUGACAAGUAAGGACAAGCUUUUGCUUGCUACAGUUGGCAUUGGCCUCACCAAGAUCGUUUUCUUGGUCAUAGCAUUGUUUUUGCUGGACAAAGUUGGUAGGAGGCGUCUCUUGCAAGUAAGCACUGGGGGAAUGAUUUGUGGCCUCGCGCUAUUGGCCUUUAGUUUGACCAUGGUGGAUCAUUCCACUGAAAACCUCUUGUGGGCCUUGAGCCUUAGCAUUGCCGCCACCUACGCUUAUGUUGCUUUCUUUAACAUUGGGCUUGGGCCUGUCACUUGGGUCUACGCGUCGGAGAUUUUCCCUUUGAAGCUGAGAGCCCAAGGGGUGAGUAUAGGAGUUGCGGUGAAUAGAACCAUGAACGCUGCGGUUUCCAUGAGUUUUAUCUCAAUCUACAAAGCGAUCACCAUAGGUGGAAGCUUUUUCAUGUUUGCUGCUAUAUCUAUAUUGGCUUGGGUCUUCUUCUAUCUUUUCCUUCCGGAAACCAAAGGCGUGCCCUUAGAAGAAAUGGAGAUGAUUUUCCGCAAAAAAGCUACCGGUAAAAAUGUAGCUAUGGAAACUUAUCCAAGACAGCAAGCAUAGGUGUUGUAGUUAGAAAUAUCAUUUGAUAGAUUUGGCAUAAAUGUUUUAAUAUUCAAAAGUUGAACCAAAUGAAUAGCCUAAUUAGUUUAAUUAGGUUUUGGAGUUUGGAGGUCAAUCGUUUAAAACUUGUUAUUAUAUUUAGAGUUAAUCACUUAUACAUUGUCA